CAAGAUGGCUGCGCCCAUGUGAGUUGUCCGGUCGCUCGCUGGCAUUCGGCGGCGGCCGCGGAGCAACGUAGGGGCGGCGGGGGCCGAGAUGCUGAGGGCAGCGCGAAGGGCUCUUCUGCUGGGGCAAGUUCAGGUCCGGGCCCUGGCCUGCGGGCCGACGGCCAGAGUAGCCGUAGGACCUCAGCGCGCCCUGCUACCCUCAGGAAAUGGCCUCCUCCUGCGGGCAGCCCGAGCCUAUGCAACAGACAAGACGCCUGCCACCCAGUCCAGCCAGAUGGAUGACCUGCCUUCCUCCAUUCUUCUGAAAGAUUACCAAAAUGUCCCAGGAAUUGACAAGGUCGAUGAUGUUGUUAAAAGGAUUUUGUCCCUGGAAAUGGCCGACCAGAGGGAGAAAAUGAAGGUAAAGACGGAGCAUUUGAUAAAUAAGAUCACAGCAAAUCCAGAAGAUACCACAUCCUUGGAAGCUCGAGUUAUAAAAUUGACAGUCAGAAUCCGAAACUAUGAAGAACACAUGCAGAAGCAUCACAAGGACAAGGCUCACAAGCGAUCCCUGCUAAUGACCAUUGACCAGAGAAAGAAGCUCCUGAAGAAACUUCGGCAGACUAACUUUGAGAUGUUUGAGAAAACAUGUAAAGUGCUGGGCAUUGAGUACACCUUUCCCCCUUUCUAUUACCGCCCUGCACACCGACGGUGGAUGACUAAGAAAGCUUUGUGUAUUAAGGUGUUCCAGGAGACACAGGCGCUGAAGAAGCUUAAGAAGCAAGAAGAAGCACUAAAGCGUGAAGGAAUGAAGAGGCCAGAGAGUCGGAAAGCUUCAGUUGGAUAGCCCAGGCUCCACCAAUCAUGAGGCACUCUAUCUAAUAGCAGAAAUAAAUGAGUUAAAACCCA